CCUACCUGGGCGCCCCGCGCCCCCAGAUGCUGCAGCUUUCCCCCCAAAAGAGAGGCUUCCUCCAGGGAUAGUGAGCCUGCUGUCUCUGCAGGAAUACAGGCGGACGCCGGGCCAUGGCUUGGCAGGGACGCUAGAGAGGAGGACAGAACAUUUGGUGAGGGGCAAGGCUCAGCCUGCACGUCCCUCCCGACACUGAGUGCCUUCUCCAACUGCAGCUCUGACUUCCCAGGCCUAGGGGCCCAAGAAUAAGACACCCAGGUUCCUCUUCCAGCCCUAGUUCUGAGAUCAGAACCGAGUCGCCGGUCUUUGGCAGAGGCACGGAAGCUGCUGGCAUUGGGGACCCAGGCACAAGAGGAUGGGCAUUGAAUGACUAGAAGGUGCAGAGAAGGACUUGGAUGCAGAGAGACCAGCCAGGAAACCAGCAUCGAGGGAGUCUGGUUAUUCAACGAUAGUUAUGACCUCCCGGUUACGUGCGUUCGGUGGAAGAAUUAAUAACAUACGCACCUCAGAAUUACCCAAAGAGAAAACUCGAUCCGAAGUCAUCUGCAGCGUCUGCUUUCUAGAUGGCUUGGUACAGACCUUUAAAGUUAAUAAACAAGAUACUGGUCAAGUUCUCCUGGAUAUGGCUUACAACUACUUGGGCGUGACCGAAAAGGAGUAUUUUGGUUUGCAGCACAGUGAUGACUCAGUGGACUCUCCUAGAUGGCUUGAAGCAAGCAAACCCAUCAGGAAGCAGUUAAAAGGAGGUAUCCCCUGUACCCUGCAUUUUCGAGUAAGAUUUUUUAUACCUGAUCCCAACACACUGCAGCAAGAACAAACCAGGCAUUUGUAUUUCUUACAACUGAAGAUGGAUAUUUGUGAAGGAAGGUUAACCUGCCCUCUUAACUCAGCGGUGGUUCUAGCAUCCUAUGCAGUACAGUCUCAUUUUGGAGACCGUGAUUCUUCCAUUCAUCCUCCGGGCUAUCUUUCUGAUAGUCAGUUCAUACCGAAUCAGAAUGAGGACUUUUUAGCAAAGGUGGAGGCGCUCCAUGAGCAGCACAGUGGGCUAAAACAAUCAGAAGCGGAAUCUUGCUUUAUCAACAUAGCACGGACCCUCGACUUCUAUGGAGUGGAGCUGCACAGUGCUAGGGAUCUGCACAAUUUAGAUCUAAUGAUUGGAAUUGCUUCCGUGGGCAUCGCUGUGUACCGAAAAUAUAUUUGCACAAGUUUCUAUCCUUGGGUGAACAUUCUAAAAAUUUCUUUCAAAAGGAAAAAAUUCUUUAUACAUCAGCGACGAAAACAGACUGAAUCCAGGGAACACAUAGUGGCCUUCAACAUGUUAAAUUACCGAUCUUGCAAAAACUUAUGGAAAUCCUGUGUCGAGCACCAUACAUUCUUUCAGGCAAAGAAGCUACUACCUCAGGAAAAGAAUGUUCUGUCUCAGUACUGGACUCUGGGCUCUAGGAACCCCAAAAAGUCUGUAAAUAACCAGUAUUGCAAAAAAGUGAUUGGAGGGAUGGUCUGGAACCCGGCCAUGCAGAGAUCUUUAUCAGUGGAACAAUUAGAAACCAAGAGUCUACCGUCUCGGUCUCCACCUAUUACUCCCAACUGGCGAAGUCCUCGACUCCGGCACGAAAUCCGAAAGCCACGACACUCUUCCGCAGACAACCUUGUGAACGAAAUGACGUACAUCACUGAAACUGAAGAUGUGUUUUACACCUACAAGGGCUCCCUGUCCCCUAAAGACAGCGAUUCUGAGAUUUCUCAGAACCGAAGCCCACACCGAGAAGAAAUGAACUCUGUCCUGGCUUUUGUUUCCGAUGACUACCGCAUUUACAGUUCUGAAGCAUCGGCUUCUGAGGGCGAGCACCCGUUUGUCUGCCGGAGUAUAUCCGAGAACAACCCAGCACAAAGCUACCUGACCCAGAAGUCAUCCAGUUCUGUGUCUCCAUCUUCAAAUGCUCCAGGCUCCUGUUCCCCAGAUGGCGUCGAUCAGCAGUUCUUAGAGGACUUCCACAGGGUGACCAAAGGGAGCUCCAGCGAGGACUCCAGCCAGUACUACUGUGACAAGAAUGAUGGUGACGGCUACUUAGUCUUGAUCCGCAUCACACCAGAUGAAGAUGGAAAAUUUGGAUUUAAUCUAAAGGGAGGAGUGGAUCAAAAGAUGCCUCUUGUGGUAUCAAGGAUAAACCCAGAGUCACCUGCGGACACCUGCAUUCCUAAGCUGAACGAAGGGGAUCAAAUCGUGCUAAUCAACGGCCGGGACAUCUCAGAACACACCCAUGACCAAGUGGUGAUGUUCAUCAAAGCCAGCCGGGAGUCGCACACACGGGAGCUGGCCCUGGUGAUCAGGAGGAAAGCUGUCCACUCGUUUGCUGAUAUCAAAUCUGAAGGUGAACUGAACCAGCUUUUCCCAGAGGCCACUUUCCCCGUGUGUCCGGAGGGUGGGGACACGCUGGAGGGAUCCAUGGAACAGCUAAAGAAGGGCCUCGAAAGCGGGACGGUGCUGAUCCAGUUUGAGCAACUCUACAGAAAGAAGCCCGGUUUGGCCAUCACAUUUGCAAAGCUGCCUCAAAAUUUGGACAAAAACCGAUAUAAAGAUGUACUGCCUUAUGACACCACCCGGGUAUUAUUGCAGAGAAAUGAAGAUUAUAUUAAUGCGAGUUACGUGAACAUGGAAAUUCCUGCUGCUAACCUCGUGAACAAGUACAUUGCCGCUCAGGGACCCCUGCCACAUACCUGUGCACAAUUUUGGCAGGUAGUCUGGGAUCAGAAGUUGUCACUCAUCGUCAUGUUGACGACUCUCACAGAGCGAGGGCGGACCAAAUGCCACCAGUACUGGCCCUAUCCUCCCGAGGUCAUGGAACACGGCAGCUUUCACAUCCGCUGUCAGUCAGAGGACUGCACCAUCGCUUACGUGUUCCGGGAAAUGCUGGUCACGAACACCGAGACCGGAGAGGAGCACCCAGUGACGCAUCUCCAGUACGUGGCAUGGCCAGACCACGGCGUUCCCGAUGACUCCUCGGACUUCCUGGAAUUUGUAAACUACGUGAGGUCCCUGAGAGUGGAAGGUGAACCCGUCCUAGUUCACUGCAGUGCUGGGAUAGGUCGAACCGGUGUGUUGGUCACCAUGGAAACAUCCAUGUGCCUAAUCGAGAGGAACCUGCCCGUUUACCCACUGGAUAUUGUUCGGAAAAUGCGAGACCAGCGCGCCAUGAUGGUGCAGACAUCAAGCCAGUAUAAGUUUGUGUGUGAAGCGAUUCUUCGUGUUUAUGAAGAAGGCUUAGUCCAAAUGCUGGAUCCCAGUUAAGACGACUGUGAAGACGUUCAUUCCUCUUUCCCAAGGGCGUCCUCCUUCUCUCUGGAAGCAGCAAGAGGAAUUUGUAGGCUGUGGGAAAGGAAUGAGCAUAUUUGAACCCAGGCACUUUAAAUAUCUAUUAAAAGAAAAAGGUAUCGUGUACAUAGGAACUGUGUAGAUAACGCAUGCGGUUAUAGCACCAUUUAGGCCCGCACCUCCUCCGGAGAGAAAUAAGCAGAAGGGGAUCUCAGUUUGGGGCCUGUCCUAAUGCCUCCCUCCUUCUCCGUCUCCAUAUUCCUGUAAACCAUCCUUGGGCAAUUGAGAGGGGAUGCCAGCAGCCCUGUUGACCUCCCAGAAACGAGAUGGUGUGGCUGUUGAGAGUUGCUUGGAUGAGUUGUGUGUAUACGUGUAGAGGACUAAGGGCUGAGCUUUCCGUGUGUCUGGGCGGAGCCGGAACAGUCAGUGUUCACCUGCCCUGAUGCUAAUGAGAAACCCCAUGAAUGUACUGAACGGCAGCGGGUGGGUUGUCAGGCCGAGGGGCAAGCGGUGCCUUUUCUGCCCUCCCUUCCUUGGUCCCAUCUCCCUGCCACUUCCAACAUUGACGUUUCUGAGAAUCGUGUCCAAAUGCCCUGCCUUCUCCCUGCACUAGUGACCCUCCUCAGGUUCACACCAGUGCCUGAAUCGGGCAGUGCAGGUUUCGGGUGAGUUUUCAGUUGAGACUCUGAGAACAAGGACUCCCAGUGUUGUCCCACGUGUUCGUUUUUGGAGCAGGUGCCUCUUGCCUCUGCCUUCCUCUUGCUGUACACUCAGCACCCAGGACUGGAAUCAUCCACUACUGAAUCUAAGACAUGGAUUGCUGCUACUUCGAGCUAUUACACUUGAAACAUUACAAUUUUCCUGAGGGGAGAUGGGAUAUCACCUAAAUAUAUUCAGAAUCUUUGGCCCUUCUGAGAAAAGAUCGAGUCGUUGAGCCAUGGGAAACCCAGCUUCUAGAGGGUUGCCUGUGGAGGUGUGUGUGUGUCUGUGGGUUGUGUGUGCUCCCACGGGUGAGUGUUUCUCGGGAUUCCUAACUUGAUUCAAAUUACCGUUGAGUUUAUAUAAAGAAUGAGUCUCUGUAUAGAAGAACAAAUGUGUGCAUUCACUCUUAGUUACAAUGGUCUUCGUUUCAUUUCAAAGGAGAGGAUCAGACUAUCUGAAUAUAAACACAAUUUGAUGUUAAUUUAUUCUAAGUACACCAUGAUUUUGAUUGUCCUAAAGAAUUCUGCCUCUGUUAAUACUAUGUUAAUUUUUUUUUUAAUUUGUGACAGGAUUGUAGCAAAUUAUUAUUUAAGGAAAAUAAAUUACGUAAACAUUCUAAAGUGGUAUUUUGAAAUAGUGGUUUUAUGUAUCCAGAAGAAACAGCUAAGUAUCCAAUUUCUUAAUGGGAUUUGUAGAAAAAGGAUGGUUUCAUGUUAUAGUGCACUGAAAUGAGGCCAUUUUGAUGUGUAGCAAACUGGACUAGUUGAGUAGUUUCCUGAUCACAAACUGGGUAAAGACCUUUACGGUAGGGGCCAGGUUUCUAAAGGUUGUCUCCAGACCGAGCAUAUUUACCGCAUUCUUUACAUCUCUUCCCCACCGAUGUUUUACUGUUAAAUGGCCGGAGUGGAGGAAGGUGUUGCGUGCCGUGUCGUGAGCCAUGCUGUGCGACAGGAGACACCGAAGCCCCAUCCUUGUCAGCAUAAUGCCAGGCUAGCAGAGUGUAGCAGCAGAGUUUGGAGCUAAGGGAUACAGGAUUUGGUUUCUGAUUCCACUCAACAGCUCGCCCUAGGCCUAGUCACUUAUGAGCUUUACCUCCAUUUUCUCAUCUGUAAAAUAGGAGAAAUAAAUAAUACUGAGGACUUUGGGUUGAAUAUGAGGAUUGAAUAAGAUGAUGCUAUUAAAGUUUUCAUCAGCUGGAAUCUGACACUGCUCUGGCUGAAUUACUCUGGAAAGUUAAUUUAUCAGUGACUAGCCCCCAAAUCCAUGAAACAGAAGUAGAAUCAGCCGGGGUUUUGUAAGAGAAAAUCGCUUUUCUUCUCAAGAGAACCAAGGGCACAAAGGAGUAUCAUACAAGGACUUCUGGACUCAGAAAAUUCGAUCAGCCAGGCACCAAAAAAGAGGGAAAGCUGAAGUAAAUGUAAAUGCCAUCAGGAUAUUGAGCAAAUCAUUGCCUUUUGAUAAAAAGGCAUCAUCACCCUGUGUGUAAAAAGCUUGUGAAGUCUAAAUGAGUUUGGAGAUUUAUGUUUUAUUAUAUUUUUAAGAAACAAAUUGUUUCAUAUGGUUGAGGAAAUGCUGCCAUUAUUUUACAUCAAUUUCCAAAAAGCUUACCGAAGGUUGCAACCGGCCUUUUUCUGCCACUGUGCAGGCCAGUAGUUCAGACUCAGCAGACGUUACCGGGAACAAAAUCCAUGAAAUCCUGGGGAAGAACAAGACAGGAGAGUUAUCGAAAGGAAUAAAAUAUGCAAGUAGAUACUACAGAUGCUACUGAUUAAUUUGUGGAGUUCAAGAUUCCUGCUUCAUCACCUUAUACACUUAAGCAAUUAUACCUAAGAAGCCCGUUUUAGCCCUAAGUGAAGAACUUCAUCAAAAUCAGGAUAAAUAUUUUGCCUGGGAAAUUGGGGUAUGAAUGGAGAAGACAUUUACAUCCUGUGUUCUGGCACUCUCGGAAGAUCUAAUUAGACUCGUCGAUGUGCAGACAUAAAAUGGGAGAUCCCUCCUGGUGUCACUCCAUAGAACCUGCACUAGGUGUUUUGAUUUUCCAGAACAAGAGAUCCAACUCAAUUUGGUUGGGGGAGGAGCGGGGAGGGUUGGAUCACAAACUUGGGCUGGUCUUUAGUUCCUACCACAGUAAUUUAGACUUCAGUUUGCUUUGAGAUUAGCGUAGAUGCUGUUGCUGCAAAGUUGCUGGUUGAUGUUUUUUUGUUCCUCGUAGAAGUUACCAUAGAACCGGAGGCAACGAAGAGGCAGCGUCAAUGGGAAAGGGUGGGCAGAGGCAGGACGUGGGUCUAGAUUAGACUUAGACAAGAUGUGUCGCCCUCAGCCCUCACUUUCCUUCUAAGUAAAAGGGGGAGUUUGGGCUCGAGGGGAUGAGCUCUCUGGGUUUUUUCAACAUCUGCCACUCUGGGAGUCUGUUCCAGAGAGUCAAGGUUAAUCCUAAACCAAAACCUCCAGUAAGCUACUGGAGAGAGAUGUAUCUCGUUUCUGGAACUUGUCUCCAAGAGCUGGUCCCUCAGACCCUGGCAAAGACUCUGACCUCAGCCUGGGAAACCAAGCAGGGAGGGAGUCCGAUGGCCGGGCUGUCUGGCAUCUCUGUAACUCACGUUCCGUGUGGAGCAACCAAGGGAUUUGUGUUGUCAUGUAGUUUUGAAAAGUAUCUUAAUUGAUUAGCAAUAUUUUGUCUGUAAAUUUGGAGUGUUUUUCAUUCUGACCUGUUCUUUCAGUGACUCUACUGAAAAACAAUUUGAUCAAUAUAAAGACAUUCAAGCUAUGCAACA